AUGAGACAAUGUCCUGAGCAGUACACACUUGGAAAUGACUCUCAAUGGAUAAGGACAAGGCCAAAAGACAGAGACGACAUCGUAAGCAUGGACCUAGGCCUGAUCAAUGCAUCCUUGCUGCCGCCACCUGAGUGUACCCGGCAGGGAGGCCAGCCUCGUGGCCCUGGCUGUCAUACAGUCCCAGACAUUGCCUUCUUCUCCCUUCUCCUCUUCCUUACUUCUUUCUUCUUUGCUAUGGCCCUCAAGUGUAUAAAGACCAGCCGCUUCUUCCCCUCUGUGGUGCGCAAAGGGCUCAGCGACUUCUCCUCAGUCUUGGCCAUCCUGCUGGGCUGUGGCCUUGAUGCUUUCCUGGGCCUAGCCACACCAAAGCUCAUGGUGCCCAGAGAGUUCAAGCCCACACUCCCUGGGCGUGGCUGGCUGGUGUCACCUUUUGGAACCAACCCGUGGUGGUGGAGUGUGGCAGCUGCCCUGCCUGCCCUGCUGCUGUCUAUCCUCAUCUUCAUGGACCAACAGAUCACAGCGGUCAUCCUCAACCGCGUGGAAUACAGACUGCAGAAGGGAGCUGGCUUCCACCUGGACCUCUUCUGUGUGGCUGUGCUGAUGCUACUCACAUCAGUGCUUGGACUGCCUUGGUAUGUCUCAGCCACUGUCAUCUCCCUGGCUCACAUGGACAGUCUUCGGAGAGAAAGCAGAGCCUGUGCCCCUGGGGAGCUCCCCAACUUCCUGGGUAUCAGGGAGCAGAGGCUGACAGGCCUGGUGGUGUUCAUCCUUACAGGAGCCUCCAUCUUCCUGGCACCUGUGCUCAAGUUCAUCCCAAUGCCUGUACUCUAUGGCAUCUUCCUGUAUAUGGGGGUGGCAGCACUUAGCAGCAUUCAGUUCACUAAGAGAGUGAAGCUGUUGUUGAUGCCAGCAAAACACCAGCCAGACCUGCUACUCUUGAGGCAUGUGCCUCUGACCAGGGUCCAUCUCUUCACAGCCAUCCAGCUUGUCUGUCUGGGGCUGCUUUGGAUAAUCAAGUCUACCCCUGCAGCCAUCAUCUUCCCCCUCAUGUUGUUGGGCCUUGUGGGGGUCCGAAAGGCCCUGGAGAGGGUCUUCUCACCACAGGAACUCCUCUGGCUGGAUGAGCUGAUGCCAGAGGAGGAGAGAAGCAUCCCUGAGAAGGGGCUGGAGCCAGAACACUCGUUCAGUGGAAGUGACAGUGAAGAUUCAGAGCUGAUGUAUCAGCCAAAGGCUCCAGAAAUCAACAUUUCUGUGAAUUAGCUGGAGUAGGAGUCUGGGAGUGGAGACCCCAGGAAACAGCAUGAGUUCACAGGUGCUUAUUCCGGAAGUCAGGACACUUUUGGCCUUUGGCUUAACUUCCAGAUGCUCAGUCGGCUUGGGGAAGGACUGAAGGGCAGCUGCCAAGACCUCAGUUACCUCCUGACCUGAGGGUGGAGAGUGGCAGGAAGCAAGCAUGUUUGCUGUACAUUUAGGAAAGGCUGGUGAGCCAGAGGGACGGAUCAGGUCCCAUUCACUCUCUACUCAUUAAAACGUCCUGAGCC